AUGUCUCGCGUCGGAGACCCCUACGAUUACGACGAACCGCCGCGGCGCCACAGAUCUCAUCACCAUCACCAUGAUCGAGAUGAUCGCGAGCCACGAUAUGUCGCGACUGAAGAAACAUAUGUGAGAGGAUCAGGAGCAGCCGGAGUGCCUUUCGCACCCGAACCACCAUAUGCAACUCGGCAAACCGAUCUCAUCCGACCAAUCCGCCAAGAUAGCGAUCUGUCAAUCGAGGAGGUUAGGAGGGACUUCCCGCCGCCGGGCGCUGAAGGCUAUGUUACCAGCCGGUACGGCCCGCAAACUCGCUCUCGGUCAACCGAACGUGGUUCCCAAUACGGAUCAUACCUUGGCCCAGAUCCACGACGCUCCUACAACGAUUUCGAUGACCGUCGAAGCCGCACAAGCUCAACUUACGAAGAAAAGAAGAUCGAGCCCCGUCGCCAUUCACUUUCUCGAAACCAGAAGAUUCUAGCGGCAGUCGGAGGAGCAGCUCUGGCUGUGGGUGGCAAAGAGCUGUGGGACCGUAGACAAGCUUCCCAUAAUGACCGACCGGUCUCCCGAAAUGCACUUUCGACAGCUGCGAUUGGUGCGGCUGGCGCGUUUGCUGCUUACGAAGGAGCUGAACUCUACGCAAAGCGCGCUCACAAGGAGGAGAAAGUGAAGACAUACACUGCCCAUCGUGGCCGAAACGGCGAGGUAGCUGAGUACUACUCAUCAGAGGACGAAAAGGAGCCGAAGAAGAGCCGUCGCAAGUCUAUCGUCGAAGGUGCUUUAGGACUCGCGGGCUUAGGUGGGGCAGCUGCGGCAGCCAAAGGCCAUGGAGAUAGGAGUCGAAGAGGAAGCCCCGAUAGCGGUCACUCUAGAAGAAGCAAAUCUCGAGGACGAAGCCGAAGCGGAGGUAGGUCAGAAGGAGCUGCCAAAUUUCAACAAGCGGCUAAAGCUGCUCUGUUGGCUGGGGCUACCGAAGCCUUUCGAGUCCGCAAAGAACCUGGAGGUUGGGGGGGAGCUAAGGGCAAACGCAUUCUUACUGCGGCAAUCGGAGCUGGCGGUAUUGAUGCUGCGGCGGAUCGCAACCCUGAUGUGCACAGCAAGCGCCACAUCCUCGAGGCUGUGGUUGGAGGCUUGGCCGGUAACCGCUUGAUAAAUGGUUCGAGAAAAGAGGUUGAGAGGGAGGAAAGAUCCAGAUCACGAUCCCGUGCACGAUCCCGCUCGCGCUCCCGCGCUCCUGAUGGAAGUGGGGGCCUUGGUAGUGGUGCUGGUCUUGCCGCGCUUGCAACUGCUGGCAUUGGCGCGCUCGCGGGAAAGAAGUUUUUAGACGACAGACGUGAGAAAUCCCGGGAGCGAUCCCGGGAGCGAUCGCGAUCCCGUAGCCGACGCAGAGGCAGCCCGGACUCUUAUGAUAGCCGCAGUCCAUCCCCGAGACGCGACAAACAUAAGAGAAGUAAGAGCGUUUCGGACUAUGCCAGGAAAGGGCUUGCUGCUCUGGGAAUCGGAGAAGCUGCACACGAGGCUAGCCGUAGCCGUGGGGAUGUAGUCGAGGAGGAAACUGUUGUUCGUCAUAGGCGUCGACCAUCCGAUGAUGAUGAUGAUGAUUACUAUGAUGACCGUCGCCAUCGCAACUCCGGCUCCUCCCGCGGUGAUGUAUACGGUGAUCCACGAUACGCUGAUUCUAGGGGAGGUCGAAGUUCACGAGCAAAGGAUGGACGAAGAAACAGGGCUGUUGCUGAAGGAAAGCUAGACCCGGAUUCGGAUUCAGACAGUUUGGGAUCCUCGUCGGGUGAUGAGAAACGCAUCAAGAAGAUGAAAGGUAAGCAAUUUCUUACCAUGGGCCUGGCUACUGUUGCCACAAUUCAUGCUGCACACAAUGUCUAUCAGAGUAUGGAGAAGCGUGAAGCUCGGAAGAGGGCAGUGCAGGAGGGUGAGAUGAGCCUCGAGGAGGCACGAAAGCUCAAGGGGAAGGCUUUGUUGCAAGAUGCUGCGUCUAUCGGCAUUGCUGCACUAGGUAUCAAGGGAGCAAUCUCGGAAAUCAAGGAAGCGAAUGAGAUGCGACAUCAGUGCAAAGAGUUCCUAGAUAAGAAGGAAGAGCGUCACAGGAAGCGCCUUGAGCGUCUUGAGCGUCAGAGAAAUGGCAAUGGGGAUAGUGGGAUCAGUGCCAGACAUAGAGCGGACGACUACUACCAAGCACCUCCCGGCCGUCGCAUUGAUUAUGGCCCCCACUAUGCCGAUGGGAAUCCAUAUGGCAACGCUCUACCCGCGCCACCUGUUGGCUAUCAUGAUGGAAGAUAA